AUGUCUCAGAAUUCUGGAAGGCAUUCUGUGACAUCGGGAGAUUCUACUGCCCUGGAUAUCAAAAGAAAACUUCAAGUUGCCCAUCAUCCAUGGACUGGUCAUUAUGAUGGGGAAAUCUUGCAACAGAAAUUGCCAACAACCCUCAUAAUAUAUGGAGCAGAGACUCCGAGGCCCCCUUCAAGGUCUGAUAUCACCUUGAACUCGAUUAGUGGUCGACAAAAACUUGACGACGAUACACGUGCCACAGCAUUUUUCGCUACACUACAUACUAAAUUCAACUUGAACUUCAACGGAGCUGCCCCCGAUUCCGAGGAGGUCGAUGGCACUCAUCCCUUUGAUUUCAAGGAAGCUGGGAACUGUACUGAUGCCCAUGGCUUCAAGGAGGGGGAUGGUAUCUCUGAUCCUUAUGCUGCCUCUGAUAAGGACUCAGACGAUGAGGACUCUGAUCUCUAUGAUGCCUCCAAUUCUGAUGAGGUUGCUGCAGAGUGUGAGCUACUAAUUUUGCUCCGCCGUAUUGAUGGCCAGGCCAGUUUUGAGAGUAUUUUACCAAUAUGUUCUUAG